CUGUGUGGGGAUCGGGGAUGUCGGCGGCUCCCGGCUCUCUCGGGCUGCUGACAGGAGGCGGGGAGUCGGCACUUCUGGCCACCAGCGCCUCGCUGCUCUCUCAUCAGGGCCCCGAAGCCUUCCCUCCGUUGCCGCCGCUGCCUCUCGCCUUCGAUGGCUUGGUGCUGGGCCCGGUGGAAGAAGCGGACUCCCUGGACGGACCGGAAUAUGAAGAGGAGGAGGUGGAGAUUCCGCUCAGUGCGCCCCCUACCAACCAGUGGUAUCAUGGCAAGCUAGAUAGAACAAUUGCAGAGGAGAGACUGCACCAAGCUGGCAGGACUGGAAGCUACCUGAUCAGGGAGAGUGAUCGAAGGCCGGGGUCUUUUGUCCUUUCCUUUCUUAGUAAAACCAAUGUAGUCACACAUUUUAGGAUUAUAGCAAUGUGUGGUGACUUCUACAUUGGAGGUAGACGCUUUUCUUCACUGUCAGAUCUCAUAGGAUACUACAGUCAUGUGUCAUGUUUAUUGAAAGAGGAAAAGCUCUUAUUUCCUGUGGCACCUCCAGAGCCGGUAGAAGACAGACGGAGGGUCCGUGCUAUUCUUCCAUAUACUAAAGUCCCAGACACGGAUGAAAUAAGUUUCUUGAAAGGAGACAUGUUUAUUGUCCAUAAUGAGUUAGAAGAUGGAUGGAUGUGGGUUACAAAUCUUCGUACAAAUGAACAAGGUCUUAUAGUUGAAGAUUUGGUGAAAGAAGUGGGGCGGGAAGAAGAUCCGCAUGAAGGCAAGCUAUGGUUCCACGGGAAAAUCAGUAAACAGGAAGCAUAUAAUCAUCUUAUGACAGUUGGUCUGAUCAGCAGUUUCCUGGUGAGGCCUUCUGACAAUACUCCUGGUGAUUAUUCACUUUAUUUCCGGACCAAUGAAAACAUUCAGCGAUUUAAGAUCUGCCCGACAUCAAACAACCAGUUCAUGAUGGGAGGUCGGUACUACAACAGAAUUGAUGACAUUAUAGAACACUAUAGGAAAGAGCAAAUAGUUGAAGGCUAUUACUUGAAAGAUCCUGUUCCUGUACAGCACCAGGAGCAAGUAUUGAAUGAUGUAGUAGAUGGCAGAGAAAUCUAUAAUACAAUCAAACGGAAAACAAAGGAUGCAUUUUAUAAAAACAUUGUGAAGAAAGGAUAUCUUUUGAAGAAGAGUAAAGGCAAACGGUGGAAGAACUUGUAUUUUAUAUUAGAGGGUAAUGAUGCCCAACUUAUUUAUUUUGAAAGUGAAAAGCGUGCCACAAAGCCCAAAGGAUUAAUUGAUUUAAGUGUAUGUUCUGUCUAUGUAGUCCAUGACAGUCUGUUUGGCAGGCCAAACUGUUUCCAGAUUGUAGUUCAGCACUUUAGUGAGGAGCAUUACAUUUUCUACUUUGCCGGUGAUACACCUGAGCAAGCCGAGGACUGGAUGAAAAGUCUUCAGGCAUUUUGCAGCCUACGGAAGACAGCACAAGCCACAUCCAAUAAGCGUCUUCGACAGGUCAGCAGUCUCCAUUUGCACAUAGAAGAAGCACACAAGCUACCAGUGAAACAUUUUACUAGCCCGUACUGCAAUAUUUACCUGAAUAGUGUGCAGGUAGCCAAGACACAUGCUCGGGAAGGCCAAAAUCCAGUUUGGUCAGAAGAGUUUUUCUUUGAUGAUUUAUCACCGGACAUAAACAGAUUUGAGAUUAGCCUCAGUAACAAGACAAAGAAAAGCAAAGACCCUGACAUUUUAUUUAUGCGUUGCCAGUUAAAUCGACUGCAAAAAGGACAUGCAAUAGAUGAGUGGUUUCAGCUGAGUUCCCACAUACCACUGAAAGGUAUUGAACCAGGGUCUUUGCGUGUCCGUGCAAGGUACUCUAUGGAGAAGAUUAUGCCAGAGGAAGAGUACAACGAGUUUAAAGAGCUAAUUCUUCAAAAAGAGCUACAUGUAGUCACAGCAUUAUCACACGUGUGUGGACAAGAUCGUACACUACUAGCUAGCAUUUUAUUACGGAUUUUUCUACAUGAAAAAUUGGAGUCGUUACUUCUGCGAACACUAAAUGACCGAGAGAUUAGCGCGGAAGAUGAAGCUACAACUCUGUUCCGUGCCACAACCUUGGCAAGCACACUCAUGGAGCAAUAUAUGAAAGCUACUGCUACCCCAUUUGUUCAUCAUGCUUUGAAAGACACCAUUUUAAAAAUAAUGGAAAGCAAACAGUCUUGUGAGUUAAAUCCUUCAAAGUUGGAAAAGAAUGAAGAUGUGCACACUAAUUUAGCGCACCUUCUGGGCAUACUAUCUGAAUUGGUGGAGAAGAUUUUUAUGGCAGCAGAAAUCCUUCCACCUACUUUGAGGUAUAUAUAUGGGUGCUUACAGAGAUCUGUCCAACAAAAGUGGACUUCUAACACAACUAUGAGGACCAGAGUUGUUAGUGGCUUUGUAUUUCUUCGACUAAUCUGUCCUGCUAUCCUUAAUCCAAGGAUGUUUAAUAUCAUCUCAGAUUCUCCUUCUCCAACUGCUGCAAGAACGUUGACGCUGGUCGCCAAGUCUCUGCAAAAUUUAGCAAAUUUGGUUGAAUUUGGAUCCAAAGAACCGUACAUGGAAGGUGUAAAUCCAUUCAUAAAAAGUAACAAGCAUCGUAUGAUCAUGUUCUUAGAUGAACUAGGGAAUGUACCUGAACUUCCUGAUACUACUGAGCACUGUAGGACUGACCUGUCCCGUAACCUGGCAGCUUUGCACGAAAUGUGUGUGGCACAUUCUGAUGAACUCCGAACCAUCAGCAAUGAACGAGGAGCACAACAGCACGUCCUCAAAAAACUUCUGGCAAUCACAGAGCUCCUCCAGCAAAAACAAAACCAGUAUUGUGUAUCAAACAAUACCAGGUAGCAUAUAACUGCAUCCAGCUUGCAUGUGAACACCUGGAAAUUUUCUUCACAAUAUCACUUCCUAUUGCUCUUUCCAAAAAUAGCACAGAAUAUCCACAUGUGUCGUGUCGUGUGGGACGGAAUGUGUGCGCCAGCAGUGUGGAGAUGGGCGGUCUCUGAAAGCACGGUUCACACGCGGAACUGACAUGUACAGACCUCUGAGCCUUUGUCUGUUCAUCUAAAGAACUCCAGUUCACUGCAUAAUGCCAAAGUCUACAAUCCGGUGGCUGAUGGUGGACGCAGUCUGCUACGCGGCAGCCAUUUAUAACUGGAUUACAAGCUAUUUUUAUACUGGUAUUUCUAAAUGGUUUCUGAUAGUAUUGCUUGCGACUGUUCAAACAACCUGACGUACUUUGAUUGCCCAAACUGACAAAGGAACAAGUGCUAUUAUUUUUGUGUACUAUCUUUCUGGGAUCAUAUUAUGAAAGACUUUUUACGUGCCACUGAUCUUCUAUGUAGAUUUUUUUUUUUCCCCGUUCAAACUAUGUAUAAUGAAAUGCUUUUGUAAAGUGUUUACACUAUUGAUUUCAUUCAAUUUAUUGUUGUAUCUGAUGUGCAUGCAUUAAACAUUUUGUAAAGUAUUUUGUUGUUUGUUCUAUUAAAGAUCACAUUAUACACUC